AUGGAUACAAGCGUAUUUCCAGCUGCUGUUUCUAUGCAAUUAUCUGCUGUGAAAACUCUGAAUGGCUCCAAUUUUGAUGACUGGAAAGAGUCUCUGAGCAUGUACCUAGCAAUAGCCAAACUGGAUUUAGUCUUAAGGGUUGAUGCACCUGCUGAACUUACUGAUGAAUCCACUAUUGCUGAGAAGACUUAUCAUGAAAAGUGGCAAAAUUCUAAUAGGGCUGUUGCUGAAAAGUUUAAAAAGUUUAACAAGGCUCAAAGGAGUCAUCAUCUUUCUUUGCUGGAGCACACCCAAUAUGAUGGUGUUAAUGGAGUACGAGAACACAUCAUGACACUUAUAAGUUAUUUCAACAAGCUCAAGUCUUUUGAUCUUGAUUUGGGAGAAAGUUUUCGGGUCUGGAGCAUUCUUGAAUCUCUUCCACCCCAAUUUAAAAUUCUCAAGAAUUCUUACAACUCCCAACAAGGGGAGUGGAUAGUUGAUCAGUUGAUAGCCAUCGUGUGCCAAUAA